AUUUCAGAGAUUGGAUGCGUGUUACGUUCCUCCAUCCCGAUCUGGGUAUAGGUGGAGCCGAGCGCUUGGUCGUUGAUGCCGCUGUCGCACUUCAGCAAAAAGGACAUACUGUGAAAGUCGUGACAAGCCAGUUUGAUCCAUCACAUGCUUUCAAGGAAACGCAGCAGUUAGAUAUCAAAGUGAUACAGUGGUUUCCUCGAUUGAUAUUUGGUCGCAUGUGGGCUUUAUGUGCUUAUAUCAGAAUGUGCCUUGCUGCAAUAUAUACUGCUAUGUUUAUUCCAAGUGAUGUGAUUAUUUGCGACCAGGUAUCGGCUGCUCUCCUUGUUCUGCGAGUGCUUACUCGGGCUCGGCUCGUUUUCUACUGUCAUUUUCCAGAUUUGUUGCUUACGUCUAGGGAAACUGUGGCAAAAUCCUUCUACAGAUAUUUUCUGGAUUCUAUCGAAGAGUAUACAACUGGUCUUGCUGGUACAAUAUGUGUGAAUAGUUUAUUUACCGCUUCCGUAUUCAAGCAGACGUUCAGAUCUCUCCAAAACCGAGAACUAACUGUACUUUAUCCGUCGCUGAAUACGGACUUCUUUGACAAGACAGAAGAAUGUACCAUACCGGAGAUUCCGCCAUCUGCCGAACAUUUGUUUACCUCACUAAAUCGCUAUGAAGUGAAGAAGAACUUGAAACUUGCUAUCGAGGCUUUCGCAGUCUUACGCACGUUACUAACAGAUGACGAGUUUUCCAAAUGUCACCUUGUUUUGGCAGGCGGUUACGAUCGACUGAAUUCCGAAAAUAAAAAUCAUUUCAAGGAGUUGGUUGAAUAUACAAAUUUGCUUUCGCUGCCUCAGAAUCAAGUGACACUCCUACGUUCUCCCUCUGACGAAGAGAAGAUCACUUUGUUACGACGAAGCCUUGCUGUGUUGUAUACACCACAUAACGAGCACUUUGGCAUAGUACCCAUUGAAGCUAUGUAUGUAGGAACACCUGUGAUUGCAGUGAAUUCGGGAGGUCCAAAGGAGUCCAUCGUCCACUUGGAAACUGGACUUUUAGCAGAGCAAACUGCAGAAGCUUUUGCAGAACAUAUGGCCAUGCUUCUACAUGAUGAAUCACUGCGGAAGAAGCUCUCUGAAAUGGGACCAAAGCGAGUACGACAACUCUUUGCUUUUGAAGCUUUCGCCAAUCAUCUGGACCAAAUAGUCAAAGGAGAUCAAUAAGAAUUGUUUUGCCUAGUCUGUUUGUUAAAUUUUUUUUGUUAAUGUUUGUGGAUCUUUGUUUUGUUUCGUGCAAGGCUAAUAAGAGUUCUUAUUUACGCGCCUCAGAAAGUUGGAUGCA